GGUUCAUUAAUAAUUUUUGACAUACCCGUCUUUUAAUACAAAAGUUUUUAUAAAAAACGCUACGCUUUGUAAAAAUGCUAUUAAAAUAGUCACUAAGUACGGCGCUGAACUAGGCGAUACACCUAUGAACACAGUUCGAUAAACAGUGAGCUCGGCAUCCGGAGAACAUGGCUGCGGCAUGGCUAAGGAUGCUAUUAGUUCGCUUACAUUUUCGAGCGGAGUGAGACUGCUGGUUUCUUUAUGCUGUGUUUAUGAGUCGCAUUCCAACGACGAGUUCGGGGAUGGAAACAAAGAAUGUGUUCGCACCGAGUCGAUUGAAUAUUAUAUUAUUUAUCUUUGUUUUCGGGCAGAAUAGAUUAGAAUUCCCAAUCAUAGACACGCAAAGGGAUAUUGCAUUGUAUUCUUGUGUUGUUAAAUUGUUAUUUAUUGAUAAUAAUAGUUAGUAACGUGUUCUUUAUAUAUUAUACAUACAGUUUGUGAUUUUGAAAUAGGCUUUUAUUACAAAAGCCCACAUCAGAAGUGGUUGAACUAAUAUUGUGCGGUGUUUUGUGCAAAGUUGAUGCUAGAAUGGGAAAAAAAAGAUCAAGGAGGUCCCGAUCUUCAUCGUCCUCUAGUUCAUAUUUUCUAGUUCACAUUCAUUAUCUAGUACUUCAUCUAAUGACGCAGGGUAUAGGAAAAGUCAUAAGAAAUUAAAACUAAAGAGGCAAAACAAAGAUAAAACUCUCUCAAAAUGAUAAACAUAGCAGGGGUGCUUUCGAUUGUCAUAUUCUACAUAGUAAUCUUGGCUGUAGGAGUUUGGGCUGGAAGAAAAAAAGAGGAAGGAAAUGACUCUGAGGAGGAAGUUAUGCUGGCUGGUAGGAAUAUUGGAUUAUUUGUUGGAAUAUUUACGAUGACAGCCACUUGGGUAGGCGGAGGCUAUAUAAAUGGUACAGCAGAAGCAGUAUACACCAAAGGUUUAGUCUGGUGCCAAGCCCCAUUCGGUUACUCGAUUAGCUUAGUUUUUGGAGGUAUCUUUUUUGCCAAUAAAAUGAGACAACAAGGCUACAUUACAAUGCUCGAUCCCCUACAAGAUACAUUUGGAGAACGUAUGGGAGGUUUGCUGUUCUUGCCGGCCUUGUGUGGUGAGGUAUUUUGGGCAGCAGGAAUCCUGGCUGCUCUAGGAGCAACUUUAUCCGUAAUAAUUGAUAUGGAUCACCGCACGAGCGUCAUAUUCAGCGCAUGUAUCGCUGUUCUGUAUACCUUGUUUGGCGGACUUUAUGCUGUAGCCUAUACUGAUGUCAUACAAUUGUUCUGCAUUUUUAUUGGUUUAUGGAUGAGCAUUCCAUUUGCAUGGAUGAACGAACAUGUACAACCAUUAUCCUCUAUUGAGCAUGAGUGGAUCGGAUCUGUCAGCUCUGAAGAUAUUUGGUCUUACAUAGAUUAUGGUUUAUUGCUGAUUUUUGGUGGAAUUCCGUGGCAAGUCUAUUUUCAGCGAGUAUUGAGUAGUAAGUCAGCUGAUAGGGCGCAGGUGCUUAGUUAUGUGGCUGCUUUUGGCUGUGUCUUGAUGGCGAUACCUCCUGUUCUAAUUGGUGCUAUAGCAAAGGGAACAGCCUGGAAUGAGACAGGAUAUAAAGGCCACUGGCCUCUAACAGCUGAUGAGACUGGCAUGAUCCUUCCAAUGGUGCUACAAUAUUUAACUCCAGACUUUGUCUCGUUUCUGGGGUUAGGAGCCGUGUCUGCGGCAGUUAUGUCUUCUGCUGAUUCGAGUGUGCUUUCUGCUAGUUCUAUGUUUGCUAGGAACGUUUACAAGUUAAUUUUUAGACAAAAGGCUUCGGAAAUGGAGAUAGUUUGGGUAAUGAGAGGAGCUAUAUUAGUGGUGGGGUUUUUGGCAACCGUUAUGGCGUUAACAAUACCUUCUAUUUAUGGACUUUGGUCCAUGUGCUCCGAUCUGGUAUACGUAAUACUUUUCCCUCAGCUCCUCAUGGUAGUACAUUUCAAAGAACACUGCAACACAUACGGUAGCUUGGCAGCUUAUUUAGUUGCCUUCUUCCUUCGCCUUUCAGGAGGGGAGCCUUUAAUGAGCCUUCCUGCCUUAAUUCACUAUCCUGGAUAUGAUGAAGUGGCGAAAGAUCAAAAGUUUCCUUUUAGAACAAUGGCAAUGUUAAUGUCCUUAAUUACAUUAGUAGCAGUUUCUUGGGGAACUAAAUAUAUAUUUCUCUCAGGCAAGCUUGCUCCUGGAUAUGAUAUAUUUCAUUGUGUGGUAAAUAUUCCUGAAGACGUUCAGCGGGUAGGUGAACCUGCCGAGGAAGGUGAACAGCUGUCUAUGAUGGCUACAGCGGCUAUAGGAAAGGGUUAUGGGGCAGCAACCUUAGUAGGAAAGGACGAACGAAAUGGUAGAAUAAAUCCAGCUUUGGAGGCGGAUGAUGAUAUUCCUGCAGCAGAAGUGGAUAGGCUAAGGAGUUCCGUGGGCUCUGGAGGUGGAGGAAGUAGGACUAGCGUAGCUGCUAAUCCGGUUCUCGACAACUAUCAGACUAAAUUGUAGAUUGUUAAAUGAGGUAAGAUAUGAGGAAGACCUAGUUAGAUAAGUUUAUUUGAUUUAUUAUAUGAUUUAAAAUGUUUAUGAAUUAUGGUCACACAUUUCAUUUAAGAACCUUUCGUAUCAUUAGGUGUCUCUAAAGCCAAAAGGAAGACUACUUAUUAGUUUAAGAGAUUUAUGAAGACGCGUGUGACUUUUGACGGUAAAUCCAUAUGAAGCUUUUUUAAUAAAAUAAAAGUCAUUUUGUCAGAUAGGUGGGUUUGUUAUUUUUAUUCGAAAUUCUAAAACAUCUAUCUAACUAGAUAGAUGUGAUAUAUAUGAUAAAUAGUCACAAUAUUCGAUGAAUAGUUUACGUCUUACAGGUCAUAUUACAGAUUAUCUUACUCUCAUAUUAAAUAAAAAAAUAAUAAAUUAAACUGGAAAUGUGCAAUUUGAUCUCGUUCACAAAAUAUUAUUAAUUCUUAAUUAUAUUAUUUACAUUAAAUAGAUCUAGCGGCUUUUACCAAAAAUACCUUCUUUGCUAAAAAGUUAUGAGAACAUUAAUCACAAAGCAAUUUUCACUUAUAAAUAAAUAGAAGUAUGUUACUUUUUCCUAUUAUGUAAUAUUCUUGUUUUUUCUCUGGUACAUUGUCUUUACAAGCUAAGUGUGUAAGCCCCAAUUUUACACUUAUAUACUAAUUCAGAUAUAUCAUGCCACAGCUAGAAUUCGAAUCCAAGACCUCAUGACGGCACGGCAGACAACUAAUCCAUCGGGACCGGCAACGUCCCUACGGGCAUUUCGUAUAUCGAUUUUAUUUUUAAAGAGGCACCUUCUGGUUCGGCUCGAAGGGAUAUUGGUUAAAAAUUUAAGUCUAUCUUUUGGCAGCUCUUCCCUUUUUAGAUAGGACUUAAAACCUAACAGCUCUUUCUAAGUUUAUGUAUUAGGUAAUAUGGAUUGUAACAUAAUUAAUAAACUAUGUUACGAUCCUUUUUCAUAUUUCUUUUAAUAGUAUGAGUUAGGUAGAGAGCGGCAUAAGCAAUUGACCGGUCAAUUGGUCUUACAAGCAGUUCAAAAUUAGGUAGGUACCAGAUGUCCUAUCAGGUCAUAAGAUCGUCUAUGGAUUUUUCAUUAUUACGCAAGUACUGAAAAUCAUUUUUAAGCUUUUUUGUUGGUCGCUAGAAUUCAAAUACAAAAGUGAUACUAAAAAUAUAUUUUAGGAAAAACUAUCAUAAUCUCUUAAAAAAAACCUUUUCGUUUCAAUCAUUAUUUUAUAUUUUUACAGAUUAUUAGCAGGAAAUACCUAUAGAAUAAAUAGGAUAGUAAAAGAAUAUUUUGUAAUGUAGGCUUAAUCAGUUUUACUACAUGGGAUGUCUUAUUAUACUGUUGUUUUGCGAUUGUUUUUACCUUAUUUCAAAAAUUCCUAUGUGUCUCUGAGAUUCAUAUCCGAUUGCUAUUACCGUAUAGCAACAUCUAUUAUUUAGAUCCCUUAUAAAUAUCAAAACAUUAAAAUUUCCUCAAAAUAAAAAUGACUAUAGUAAAUAGUGAAUUCUACUACUAUCAGUAAUCCUUGUAUAUAAUUAAAAUUCCAUCAUGCGUCAAGUUGGAAUACCAACCUCAAAUAAUAAUAAAUUAGUUAUACUAGUACUUUUAAUAUGUUUAUAAGAUCUUGGGUUCGAGAAGAAUAAACCUUUGGAAAUAAGAAUGUGUAAAACAAAACAAAGUUUGUUAAAAAAUAUUAUAAUUAUUUUCAGAGGAAUUUUAAUGGUAUUUAUAAUCACGAAACUUCGCAAAAAAUUAAAUUGAAAAUUAUAUUGAUGUGGAGCAGCAAAAAUAUGGAUUUGCCAAGUAAAAAAAAACAAUUGUAAGACAUAGUUUUCGAAAUAUAGUCGACAUGAUGUUCUGAUCUAACAGGACACAUGGAAUAUACUUAAUACAAUAUCGGGAUGCUUUACAUCGAAAUGUUAAAAAUAGAUCCCAAACCAAACUUAGAUUUUAGGUAGAUUUACGAUAAAGACUCUCCUAUUUAAGUACAUAUCACUAUCGUACAUAUCAUAUUGGGUGUAGUAUAUAACUUGUUACAAAUGUGGUAUAUAUUUUAGGUAAUGUUAUUUUAGGAUAUGAUGAUUUUUGUUAUUUAUAUUUUAAGAGCUUUUAUACACUUUAGUGAAUUAUUUCGAAGGUUUAGGUUCUAGACUUAGUUAGAUCUAUAUAGUGGAUCUUUUAUUUGAAAUCUGGAUUCUAAGGGAGACUAUAUUAAUUUACACCCUCUACAAAUCAGAGGUCAGUAAAUGAAACCAUUUAUAGUAAUUAGAAGAUCUUGUUGUUUCAUUGUUAUUUUAUAAGAAUUUAGUUGAAAUAAUGUUGCCAGCACAAAUUGUGAAACUAUACAUAUCUCAGAUCUCUAAUAGAAAACAUAUCAUACUUGUACGCUGUAAAGAAAAUAAUAUAAAUACAAAAUGUAAUAUUUUAAUUAAAAAAUAUAUGCAGGGCAAAGCACGAGGGCGCUAUUUUAAACGAUGUAUAAUAGUCAAGGUUUAGACGUAUGUUUGAACCAAAAAAUAUAGACUGUUAAAUAUUUGUCAGGUUUUAGUUGAUGUAUGAAUAAUAAUUUAAAUUAAUGUGUAAAAAUAAAUUAGUCUGUUUAGAUCUCUAUCGUUGUUGUAUGAGAAAAAUAAAUUCUUAAAC